AUGUGGAAGAGAGUAGGAUGGGGUGUGAUGGCCAACCACACAAGUGGUGAAACCGAGGACACCUUCAUCGCUGUUGACUUGUCCACUAUAAGUUUUGAACCAUUUAAAAACCUGGACAACUUAAGACCGGAACUCCAUGCAGAUCUGAGCGUCUUGCCAAGUACAACCAGCUUUUGCAUAUGGAGGCCGUUUACGCUGGACUCAACUUCCGCAAACCUGUGGAGCCUUACUAGAUCCAUGUCGUCAUCUUCUUUGUCACGAGAAUUUGAGUUCUGUUCACUUAAAUAA